AUGGAAGUCUGCCAAGGUGGCUUCUACUCGGAGGACUUUAGGACCCAGGAGGUUCCGGCAGGUUUUGACUUUGCAUCUUUUGACUACCCUGGUGAAGAUGUGUCUUUUCUGUUAGACAGCAGCAAGGCGUCCACGCAGCCUGCGCAGUAUCUGCUCGACAGCUGCUAUGGCGAGCCGCCAAAAGUGAAUGCAAGUGACAUGGGCCUCUUCAACCUGGACUCCUUCCAGGAGUUUAGCUGGUGGACUCAUCCACAAGAUGGGCUGAUGGUGGAGCAGCCCCAAGCGGGUGGCUACCAGGAGCCAGUUGCCCCCCAGAACUACCAAAGUUUGGCGCCCCAAAGCGGGCAAUUCAGCCCGGCCACAGAGGGCGGUCGCAGCCCCUUCGUCGGCGAGGCCGAGUCGAGUUUCUCUCGCCGCCCCUCCGACCUCUACCCAGACUCGGACAGCCACGGGAGAGCCUUCUGGUCCGAAUACUCCACGCCCGGCUUUGACGGACAACUGCCCGCCCCUGCUGGCCCUCAGCCGACGGACCGCUACUACCCCCGCGUGACCAAGCGCAAAAACCCACAGCGGCACGACAGGGACGGUCACGUGACUGCCAUGUCAGCCUAUCCCGGUUCUGGUCCGAUACAGUUAUGGCAGUUUCUACUGGAGCUUCUACUGGACUCGGCCUGUCGAACCUUCAUCUCCUGGACGGGGGACGGCUGGGAAUUCAAAAUGUCCGAUCCCACUGAGGUUGCAAAACGCUGGGGCCAGUGUAAGAACAAGCCCAAAAUGAACUACGAGAAAUUGAGCCGAGGUCUUCGCUACUACUACCACAAGAACAUCAUCCACAAAACGGCCGGCAAGCGCUACGUCUACCGCUUUGUCUGCGACAUGCAAGGCAUGCUGGGAAAGACGGCACAAGAGGUGCUCAGCAGUCUGAACAUUUUGCCCGUCGCCAGCGUCGAGUCGUCAGCGUCCGACUUCAACAGCGAGCGAUGGGCGUAA